UUUGUGCGCAGUAUGUAGCGUGCUGCGUGCUGCUGCGUGCGCGACCGAGCGAGCGCUGACAGCGCUGAUGGCAUAGAGUCGGAGUCGGAGCAAGCCGAACAAGUCGAAGUCUCUCGCGGGGCCGAAGGUGAGGGCAGGUGAGGGAGGCUCGGUGUGAGCGGCGCGCACGGUGGUCGCUCGUCUGGAAGGGUCUGAUGAUUAAUGCCACGGUCAGCUGUUGUGCGCUACUUUGUGCCUCUGUGCGCGCUCACGACUGCUCACGACGAGGCACGCCGUGGCCGUGGGCUCUCUACGAGAGAUGUGCGUGAUUUGCUGAGGAUUCUGUCCAAGGAUCGAGGCUGCUAAUUCGACUCGCGCGCGCGACCGAUUAUCGACGUGCGUGAGGGAGGUGUAUAUCGCUCGGCGCGAGCACCGUCAAGAUGGUAGAGCCUAUUUUCGACUACCAAUUCCGACUGAUACUGAUCGGCGACAGCACGGUCGGGAAGAGCUCCCUCCUCAAGUACUUCACCGACGGCAAGUUUGCGGAGCUUUCAGAUCCAACUGUUGGUGUGGAUUUUUUUGCACGCUUAAUAGAAGUUAAGGAUGGCACAAGGAUAAAGUUACAAUUAUGGGAUACAGCUGGUCAAGAGAGAUUUAGGUCAAUUACAAAAUCUUAUUAUCGAAACUCCGUAGGUGCACUCCUUGUAUAUGACGUUUGUAAUAGAGCAAGUUUCGAACAUAUUCCCCAGUGGAUGAUGGAAGCUCGCAGACAUAUCGAGCCUCAUCGCCCAGUGUUUGCUCUAGUAGGCUGUAAGUUGGAUCUAGUAACUAAUGGUGGUAGACGGGAAGUCUCCAAAGAAGAAGCCAGAGCGUUUGCCGACGAACACGGUGUACAUCAUAUUGAAACCAGUGCAAAGACUGGGGUAAAUGUCGAGGAGGCAUUUCGAACGGUUACGCAAGAAGUUUACAAUAGGAUACAAACUGGCGAAUACAAGGUAGAGGACGGUUGGGAUGGCAUCAAAACUGGAUUUGCUAGGCCUGGUGGGUUAGAUUUUAAUCUAGUCGAGGCAGAACCAGCGAAGAGCUCGUGUUGUUAGGUUAUUAUUUUGAUUUAUUUUUAGAAUAACAAAAAAGAUUUAAGAAUGCAGAUAGAAUAGUUAUUUUGAGAGAUAAAUAUAUUAAAUAUGUAAUUUAAGCAACGCAUAUAUAUAUAUAUAUAUAUAUAUAUAUAUAUA